UAUUACUAAAAGAAAAAAAGUAAUAAACGGAACAGGUUUCUGCUUUCUUGUUGGCCUUGUUUUCACCGUCUCUGAAUCUAACAUACAACUACCAUUACCUCUACUCUGCUACUCCUAACGACUCUCUCCUGUAUCUCUGUUUCUCUCUCACGAAGGAUUUAACUGAAGCUCUUGUGCAGAACAAUCUAACAAACACAUCAAUACCAUAGCUGAAAGGCCUUUAUGAUUUGAAAGCUCUAGACAUUUGGAAGUAGAAUGGUGUUUCCCCAACAAACAAUUUGAGGGUGGUUCUAUAUAUAUGAUGGCAACAACUGCAGUUAUUGGGUUAAGUGCAGGAAAAGGUCUUUUGGGUUCUUCAUUCUAUUAUUCUGAUAUCACCGAAAAACUAUAUAAUGUCCAUGAGCAUGGGUUAACACAGUAUCAUCAAGUAGCUUCAGGGAAGACUAGCUUAAUAUUUGCAAAGAAGACUUCGGAUAGUUUUGGUCCUAAUUUUCCAUCUAAUCGACAUACCCAAUCCAUAAAUGCUCUUACAGAACAUUUGGAAUCUUCCUCUGUACCUUCAAUUACAGAUGAAUUUUGGGGAUCGCCUGAUUUCUUAGAAGAAGAGGAUGAAACUGAUACUCAGUCUAGCUCUUCCCUGGAGGCUAUUCUCUUACUUCAGAAGUCCAUGCUGGAAAAGCAAUGGAACCUUUCUUUCGAGAGGAAAAGAACCGUGGUUGUGCCAGGAGAAGAAAGUAACAAGAAUAUAGAGGUUGCCCGUUCAGGUAUAUCUGCUCGGGAGCGACGGAUUAGUACAAGGAAUAAAAAUCAUGUUUCUAAUUUAAAGGUUUUAAGAAGGAAGAAACAAAUCGGUCCAGAGUUGCUACAUAACAGGUUGCAAGGUUAUGUUAAGGGCGUCGUAAGCGAAGAAUUACUCACCCAUACAGAAGUUGUACACCUUUCAUUGAAAAUCAAGGCCGGUCUUUCCUUGGAGGAUCAUAAGUCAAGGUUGAAGGAACGAUUAGGAUAUGAGCCCUCUGAUGAACAGUUAGCAACUUCCAUGAGGAUACCACGUGUGGAAUUACAAGCAGUACUGAUGGAAUGUUCUUUGGCAAGAGAGAAGCUAGCAAUGAGCAAUGUACGUUUAGUCAUGUAUAUUGCUCAAAAAUAUGAUCACAUGGGUGCUGAACUGGCUGACCUUGUUCAGGGUGGUUUGAUUGGAUUACUUCGUGGUAUCGAGAAAUUUGACUCUACCAAAGGGUUCAAAAUCUCAACUUAUGUGUAUUGGUGGAUACGUCAGGGUGUUUCAAGAGCGUUAAUGGAGAACUCAAGAACUCUAAGAUUGCCUAGUCAUUUGCAUGAGAGGUUAAGCUUAAUCCGUAAUGCAAAAAUCCGAUUGGAGGAGAAUGGAAUAACCCCAUCAGUAGAUAGAAUUGCAGAAUGCUUGAACAUGUCCAAGAAAAAAGUUACAAAUGCUACAGAGGCGGUCAGUAAGAUCUUUUCACUUGAUAGAGAAGCAUUUCCCUCAAUCAAUGGUCUUCCAGGGGAAACACUUCACAGUUACAUCACAGAUACUUGUCUUGAGAACAAUCCAUGGCAUGGAGUAGAUGAAUGGUCACUCCAGGAAGAAGUUAACAAUCUCAUCAGCACAACACUUGGGACACGUGAGCAAGAUAUCAUACGCCUUUACUAUGGCCUGGAUAAAGAGUGUCUGACAUGGGAAGAUAUUAGCAGACGGAUUGAAUUAUCAAGAGAGAGAGUAAGGCAAGUGGGGCUUGUUGCAUUGGAGAAGCUAAAAACUGCAGCAAGGAAAAGAAAACUCGAAGCUAUGCUGGUUAAGCACUGAUUUGGUAAUGGAAACAGUUGUAAUAAUACUAAUACAGACCCAUUAAAUUGACUGUAUAUAUAAAGAAUUUGAAUUUCCGUUCUUCUUCCAAAUUUAUUUUUCUCUCAGAAAUAAAUGAUUAGAAGAUGUAAGUUCAGAGACACAGAGUUUAUACCCUUUUGUAAUGUGACGAGAUUAGAAAACACAUCUUAUUUCAAAACUUUUUGCUUUUCAUAAUCA